AUGUACCCCGACUGGCCGCAAUCGGACGAGGAUCUGGUGCCGCUGCCACUCGUUGACGGCCCCAAGUUGAAGCCGUUUGACUUCCAGGGGCCGCAAACGAUCAAAUUCCUCGAGCACGCCGGCCAGGGUCUCCACGCGCACGUCUUCAAGGUCGAUAUCCGCGGGCAGAUCUAUGCACUCAAGCUGUUCCGGUUCACCUACGAUCAUAACUGGCUAGGCCCCGCGAGUGACACGAACCCUGACGACCGCGAGUUGAUGAGCGCCUUCUACAAUUACUCGGAGCCCUUUAGCUGCGAGUGCCGUGCCUUUGGUCGCCUCCAGGAGGCCGGGUACGAGGCGCUUGCAGUCCGAUGCUUCGGCUACGUAUUGCUAGACGAGGAUCACGAGCGCGCGCUCGACCAACGCUUCGGCCUCAGCUUUGACGGCGACGUCGACUAUUCCGGAGGCGACGAAAUGCGUACGCGCUUCUUGGGCAAGGACGGUCGGGCACCGCCGAUCCGCGGCAUCGUAAAACAGUUUGGGCGGGUGGAGGAGAUGGAGGACGAAGAUGAGCUACGGCCAGCCUUCUUUCGCAAGAUGCUCGGAGACAUCGGCCGGCUACAGAAGCUCGGCAUCAUGCACCUCGACGUCGCGACGCGGCAGCUAGUCGACGGCAGGUUCGGCGACUUCAGUACGGCCAUUACGGUGCCCCAUUUCCUCACGACACCGGAGCUAAACCCGGGCUUAACGCCCGGUAUGCGAUCCGCCAUGGAGUUCCAGACGUUUGCGUGGGCCAUGGCCGACUAUUCAGAGUUCGACGAGAUGAUGUUCAGUUGGAACAUGGACUACGCGGACCGGAAAGGCAGCAUCUCGGUCCGCGCAUUCCCAGGGGGAAUGGGUCGUCAACACCAAUACCAGCUGAGGACCAAGGCAGCUCGAGAGUGCGUCUUUACUUUCGUGGACCCGAGGCGAUACGAUUGGAGGAGGCCCGGGGCUGAGGACAAAAGCCGACGGCUGCGUGCCAGGCCUUGGUUCUACGACUGUCGUGGUGAUGGCAGGUUGGCCGCGCAAUUGAAGUCGCGGGAGCCGCAAGACGUCCAGUUGGUGUACUGGGACUAUAGCGACGGCUUUAUAUUCCCGCGGGUUUGA